CAGAGGGAAUGAGAGAAAGAGAGAGAGAAGCAGAGAGAGAGAGAGAGAGAGAGACCCCGUCGCGUUUUGACCCGCGCGUCACCACUCCUCCUCCAGCUCUCCGUCUUCUUCUGUAGAGGCUGCGUGCUCCAUCGCUCAUUCCCAGCCACUGACACAUCCCAAGCAGCGAGGCACGGACGGACAGCGAGCGAGAGGAGCCAAAAAGGAGAGGGACGAUCGCCUGCCCGCUUGCUUGCUUGCCUUCUCCCGUCUCCCUUCUCGCUUGUUUCAGCUUCUAUCCGGUCUCCGUCUCACCGAGCGACCCGCACUCACUACUAACCCGUCACUGGAGAGAGCUUUACGGGAAGGCACUUCGCUGUUUACCGCCGCCUUUCUUCUCUUUGUGGACACUACCUCCGGACUCACACGGGACUAUCGGUGUUUACGGGUUUCACGCAAAGGAGCAGAGCGGCAAAAGCCUUGUGGAGUAGCCGAACAGAGCAUCCCCGUCCCCCCGUGUAGGAUUGGCUGUCGAGCCGCAUGGAGAAGAGGUAUGAAGAUCUGGUACACUACUCCGGGGCAGAGGGCAUGGCGGUGGGGGGGUACGGGGACGACCUCAGGGGACUGCCUCCACCCCAGUACGGAGCUCCCAUCCCAGACUCACUCAAGCACCACAAGGACCAGAUCUAUGGUCACCCGCUGUUCCCACUACUGGCCUUAGUCUUUGAGAAGUGUGAGCUCGCCACCUGCUCGCCCCGUGACUCCGCCUCCUCCCUCUCAGGCUCCUCCCACAUGCCCGGAAUGACCAAUCACAGCGACGUCUGCUCCUCGGAAUCCUUCAACGACGACAUCGCCGCCUUCGCUAAACAGAUUCGCUCCGAGAAGCCGAUUUUCUCCUCCAACCCUGAGCUGGAUAAUCUGAUGAUCCAAGCGAUUCAGGUUUUACGAUUUCAUCUGCUGGAGUUGGAGAAGGUCCAUGAUUUGUGCGAUAACUUCUGUCACCGGUACAUCACGUGUCUGAAGGGGAAGAUGCCCACAGACCUGGUCCUGGACGAGCGAGAGGGGGGCUCCAAGUCUGACAUGGAGGACUUUGGAGGCUCCUGUACCAACCUCUCAGAUCAGGGGGCCUCUUGGUUACGCGAACCGGACGAGUGUGCCACGACUCCACUGGGGACCCCGGGCACCUGUGGCCUGCCCUCCCAAAGCACAGGGGACAACGGCAGUGACACAGGUGAUGGUCUGGACGGAGCGGUGGCCUCUCCGAGCACAGGAGACGACGAUGACUCUGACAGAGACCGACGAAACAACAAGAAGAGAGGCAUCUUCCCCAAAGUGGCCACAAACAUCAUGAGAGCUUGGCUUUUCCAGCAUCUGUCGCACCCUUAUCCCUCAGAGGAGCAGAAGAAGCAGCUCUCCCAGGACACGGGGCUGACCAUCCUACAGGUCAACAACUGGUUCAUCAACGCCAGGAGGAGAAUAGUGCAGCCCAUGAUCGACCAAUCAAAUCGCUCAGGUCAAGGAGGCCCAUACAGCCCAGAGGGAGCAGCUCUCGGAGGGUAUGGUCUGGACGGACAGGCUCAUCUCGGGCUCAGAACAGCAGGUCUCCAGGGCAUGUCCUCUCUUCAAGGCGAAUACCCUGGCGCUCUCCUGUCCCAGCCCGGGUACCCCCCUCACCCAGGCCCCUCCCUCCACGCGUACCCCAGCGCCCACCCGCACCCCGCCAUGCUCCUGCACCCGCCCCCACAUGCCCACCCAGCCGAACCGCUACUGGCACAAGGACUGGACAUACAUGCACACUAGCUGCAGGCCAGAGUGGGACAUAUAGACUGAUGUAUGCCUGAGAAUGCACAGACGGACUAUGGAAAUAUAUUCUGUGCUUUGCGUGAGUGGAGUAUGUGUAACGACGCAUACAAUAUUUAAAGAGAAGAAAAUACACAAAGUUUACAUUCCCCACUUAAAGACCUCAAUGUAGCCUCCCUGCUUCACUGUAUGGGCCAGAGCAGUGGUUCUCGAACUGUGGGUACUUCCUGUUCAAAUCAGGUUUUAGUACUGUUUUAGUAUUGCUUACAUUCAAAGGAGUAUGUCACCGCUAAGACCUGGUUUGGUCCUGGUUUAGUCCUGGUUCAAUCUGGAUUUUGACCUCAAAUAGACCUAGUUUAUGAUGGGUUAGUCCAGGAGUAGAUAUAGGUCAAGAUCUGGUUUAGGGUGACUCCAGAUCAUUUUCCAAGCUUUGAUUGGUUUAGUUCUGGUACAGACAUGGGUGCCCUUUCACCCAUUGACAAUAAUGCAUUUUAAGGCUACGUCCACAUGACAACGCUACUGGAUUUUUGGUGGGUUGAAAAAAAAAAAAAACGUGUCCACACACCUGUUAGAUCAAUAAAUAUUCACGUCCAGACGACAACGGAGCACUGAGUGAAAACGAUGUAAUACAUCUGUCACACCUGUAUGUGGUGCUGUAAACAAUGAUAUUUAAUAAUAUAUUAUUAUAAUAUAUUAUAUUAUAAAUAAUAUAAUAUUUAAUAAUGCAGAUCUCAUCACCAUUUUUUUUUUUUUUUUUUAAGGUAAUUUAGCCUAUUUUAGAUAUAUCCCAUAAAUAUAGCCAUUUUGUUUUGCAAAAGCUAAACAUAAGUUUUCGUUUUUAGCCAUAAGAUUUGGAUGAGAAUUAUUAGAAUAACUUGGUCUCAAAAUCCAACAGUUUAAUUACUUGUGUGUAAUCUUUGUUAUUAAUCCGUGUGUGUGAUUUGUGGUGCAUGUUGUUCGCUUUAGCCCUAACAGCGUGUCUCGGUUGCUGGGUGACAGGAGCGGCUUUGUAGGCUACACCUGUCCCAUUUUGGCAACGGUCUUGUGGUCCGCGCGGGCUAGUUUGAGGGCUCCAAUGGGGUUGUGACAAAGGCCAAAACGAAUACAAACUUCUCCGUUUCAACCAAAAAAUGUUGUCAUGUGGACAGGCCCUAAGUCUAUUGUAGUCCUCGCCUUGGAAUUAAAAGAGCAAUAUGUAACAUUUAUGCUGGAAGAUCUGUCACCUGAUUGUCUUUAUCUAGGAUGUUCCACUGGCAUUGGCAUAUCUAACUCCAUGGACACGAGGCAAGUGAUGUCAUCGGACAAAGUUACAAGUCCGAUGUGUAGAGAGAUGUUUUGAAGUUAUUAUUUUUGCAAUAAAACAUGCAAAGAAGA